AUGCGUAGCGACGAAGAAUCUGACUAUGAUCCUUCGUUUACUUCAUCUCCGCAGAAGAAAGCACCCAAAAAGCAAGUCGAGAGAAGGGAUAAGCCACCACUUAAGAAGCAAGCAUCGAAAAAGGAAACAAAUGGCAAUUCGGUUAUGAAUGGUGAUAAAAGUGACAAUGGUGAUCCAUUGGAUAUCUUUACAAAUAUCGAUCAGCACCCCAAACGGCUAAAUAUUGAAAAAAUCUACCAGAAAAAGAGUCAACUGGAACAUAUUUUGCUACGUCCAGAUACAUAUAUUGGUUCCGUGGAGCGCACUGAUAAGGCGCCAUUGUGGGUAUAUGAUAUGGAAGGAGAACGAAUCGCUCAGCGUGACAUUUCAUAUGUUCCUGGAUUGUACAAAAUAUUUGACGAGAUUCUGGUGAACGCUGCAGACAAUAAACAACGUGAUCCGAAAAUGAAUCUUAUCAAAAUUAGCAUUAAUAAAGAAAAGAACGAGAUUAGUGUGUUUAAUAAUGGCAAAGGUAUUCCUGUCGUACUACACAAGGUGGAACAGUUGUAUGUCCCUGAACUCAUAUUUGGUACACUGCUUACCUCCUCAAAUUAUGACGAUAGCGAACGAAAAGUGACAGGUGGCCGAAACGGAUAUGGUGCUAAACUAUGCAACAUAUUCAGCACAGAAUUUACAGUUGAGACAUCCUCCAAAGAAUAUGGAAAAGUUUUCAAGCAAACUUGGAAGAAUAAUAUGACAAAAGACAAUGACCCAUUCGUGGGUAAAUCAAGUGGUGAAGAUUUUACACGUGUAACGUUUAAACCGGACCUUAAAAAAUUCAAAAUGACCGAACUGGAUGACGACAUUAUUUCGCUGAUAUCGCGCCGGGCAUAUGAUAUCGCUGGUUCAACGAAAGGUGUCAAAGUAUACUUGGAUGGCAAAUUACUACCGGUUCAAGGCUUUAAACAAUAUGUCGACCAGUACGCAAAACAUAAUCUUGACAGUGACGGGGAACCAUAUAAAGUUGUUUACGAACAGGUUAAUGAAAGAUGGGAAGUAGCCUUAACAGUUUCCGAAAAAGGAUUUCAACAAGUUUCUUUUGUCAAUUCCAUCGCUACUACAAAGGGUGGUCGCCAUGUUGACUAUGUUGCCGAUCAAAUCACAGCGAAGCUGAUAGACAUUAUCAAAAAGAAAGUAGGAAAGAGUGGAGUAAAUGUUAAACCGUUUCAAGUUAAAAGUCAUAUGUGGGUCUUUGUGAAUUCGCUUAUUGAGAAUCCAACAUUUGACUCGCAAACGAAGGAGACAAUGACCUUACAAGCAAAAAGUUUUGGCAGCAAAUGUGAAUUAUCUGAAAGGUUCAUUAAUGGAGCAAUGAAAUGCGGAAUUGUUGAAGCUGUCUUGGCAUGGGUCCGCUUUAAACAGCAAGAAACAUUAGACAAGAAAUGUUCAAGCAAGAAAACCAGUAAACUGAAGGGCAUACCGAAACUAGAGGAUGCAAAUGACGCUGGGACCAAAAAUUCUUCCGUGUGCACGCUGAUACUUACUGAAGGAGAUUCGGCUAAAUCUCUCGCUGUUUCGGGAUUAGGUGUCGUUGGUCGUGACCAUUAUGGCGUCUUUCCACUACGCGGCAAAAUGCUAAAUGUUCGUGAAGGCAGUCAUAAACAGAUUAUGGAAAAUGCAGAAAUAAAUGCUCUAAUUAAAAUUAUCGGUCUGCAGUAUCGUUUGAAAUAUGAUAAAGAUGAUGAUAUGAAAACGCUUCGUUAUGGAAAAAUAAUGGUUAUGGCUGAUCAGGACCAGGAUGGUUCGCAUAUCAAGGGCCUUGUGAUUAAUUUUAUUCAUUAUAAUUGGCCAAUAUUAAUUCGUCGUAACUUCGUUGAAGAAUUUAUAACACCAAUUGUUAAAGCCACAAAGGGUAAAGAAUCGUUUUCUUUCUUCUCGCUUCCGGAAUAUGCUGAAUGGCGAAAUAACACUGAGAAUUGGAAGACAUACCGCAUAAAAUAUUACAAAGGUUUGGGUACUUCGACGUCAAAGGAAGCCAAAGAAUAUUUCACUGAUAUGGUACGCCAUCGUAUUAGAUUUCAAUAUUCGGGAGAGGAAGAUGACAACUCUUUGGAUAUGGCAUUUAGUAAAAAGAAAAUUGAAGAUCGAAAAGUAUGGUUGACGAAUUGGAUGGCUGAGAAAAAAGCAAGACGUGAGCAAGGAUUAACGGAGGAGUAUCUGUAUGAUAAAGAUACUCGUGCUGUUUCAUUUAAAGAUUUUGUCAAUAAAGAACUGGUGUUGUUUUCAAAUGCUGAUAAUGAAAGAUCUAUACCAAGUUUGGUUGAUGGGCUAAAGCCUGGACAGCGUAAGGUUUUAUUCACUUGCUUUAAACGAGCAGAUAAAAAAGAAGUGAAAGUAGCUCAGCUUGCUGGUGCAGUUGGAGAAAUGUCUGCUUAUCAUCACGGCGAGGCCUCACUUAUGUCAACAAUCGUAAACCUGGCACAAGAUUAUGUUGGUUCAAAUAAUAUCAAUUUGUUGUUACCAAUCGGUCAGUUCGGCACACGUUUACAGGGUGGAAAGGAUAGUGCAAGUCCACGUUAUAUUUUCACACAGCUCAAUCCUGUAACCCGAGCGCUGUUUCCCGCUGUUGAUGAAAAUGUUCUACGCUUUCUGUUUGAAGAAAAUCAACGAAUUGAACCUGAAUGGUAUUGUCCAAUCAUACCUACAGUUUUGGUUAAUGGAGCCGAAGGAAUUGGUACCGCUUGGUCAACAAAAAUACCAAAUUAUAAUCCGCGUGAAAUUGUUGAUAAUAUGCGGCGUUUAAUACAUGGCGAAGAACCCAAACCUCUGAUCCCAUGGUUCAAAAAUUUCCGUGGAACUAUCGAGAAAUUAGAUGAAUCUCGAUAUAUUUGUAGUGGUGAAAUAGCCUUUUUGAGUAAUGAUACAAUCGAAAUCACUGAGUUACCAAUACGAACUUGGACGCAACACUACAAAGAAAGUGUCUUAGAACCCAUGCUGGAAGGAUCUGAUAAACAGCCUCCUCUAAUACAAGACUUCAAGGAAUAUCACACCGACACAACUGUUAAAUUUGUUAUAAAAAUGAAUGCAGCGAAGCUGAGGGAGGCGGAAAUGGAAGGAUUGCAUAAAGUAUUCAAGCUGCAGACGGCAAUAAACAUAAGCUCUAUGGUUCUGUUUGAUCCUUUGGGUUGCCUGAGGAGAUUCUCAAAUGUGGAACAGAUUUGCAAAGAAUUUUUUGAGAUAAGGAAAAAAAAAUAUAUCGAACGGAAAGCAUUCCAGGAAGGAAUGCUUCGUGCUCAAAGCGAACGACUCAGCAAUCAGGCACGUUUCAUCUUGGGGAAAAUUAAAGGUGAAAUAUUAAUUGAGAAUAAACGUAAGGCAGCAAUAGUGGAGCAGCUGGUGAAAAAAGGUUUCGAUCCGGAUCCAGUGAAACGGUGGAAGGAAUUACAGAGAAAGCGUGAACUUGAAAUGACUGGCGAAGUCCAAGUCGACGAUGAAGAAAUGGAAGGUGAAGAAGAGGAAGAAUUAGAGUCACCUGUUUCUCCAAUGAAGAAGGAUUUGGAGAAGAAACUGAGUGAUUAUGAUUAUUUAGUGGGUAUGGCAAUUCUAAAAUUAUCGGAAGAAGAAAAGGACAAGUUGUUACACGAUAGUGAAUUGAAGCUAGAGGAGUUAAAAGCUCUACAAUCAAAGACUUGGUCUGAUUUGUGGGAACAAGAUUUGGAUAAUUUUUUGGUUGAAUUAGAAAAGCAGGAAGCCAAGGAAAAAGCUGAUAUAGAAACGCAAGUGAAAGAUGCUGCUAAGAAAAUUGCUGGUGCAGUCACAAAAGGGCGUAAGAAAGCGAGCGUUCUUGUACAAGAGGUGCUUCCUGAUCCGAACGGAAUUCGGGUCCAGCCUUCUCUAGAUGCUAUUAAAGAAAAAUAUGAAAGCAAGAAGACCGAUGAACCAAAAAUUAGGAAGCCAAGAGUACCAAAGGAGCCAAAAAAAGUAAAGGAUGAGAACGAUGAGGAGGAUGACAAAAAGAAAGAGAAGUCCAAACGCCAGCGGAAAGAAAAUGGUAAAUUUGAAUUUCAUUUUAAAUCUGGUGAAUUUAGAUAUUGUCAUAGCGCUGAUAUCGUUUAUGCUAGAGCGUUGGAAGUUUUACUGAUCCAAACUGAUGGACAAAGCGCUAAACAGAAAAGAAACAGUUACCCAACGUUUUCUGCCAGUGGAAAGAAGAGCCUCCUACUUGACAAUCGAGGUGGCAGUUCAUUGAGUACGAAAGCAAAAAAGAAUAAACGAGAUAAUUGGGAAUCCAAUAGUAGUGAAGAUGAUUUGGAUGAAUCUGAUUACGUUGUAGAUGACGAUGAUGAUGAUGUGAUUGAGAUUAAAAAAACAACAGCUGGAGACAGAAAACGACGAGUGGAGCAGUCAGCGAGUAAAUCGGAUUUGAACAGUACUGGUGCAAGUGCUGAGGACAGUUUGAUGCAGUCAAGUGGUGAAAACAAAAAAAAAUUCCAUGAGAAGAUGGAUGAUCUUUUCAUGAAUGAGGUGAACUUUGAUUUUUGUUAA